AACAUUUUCAGUUUCAAUUCGUGAACGAACCACUCAAGUUCGCGACGCUACGAUCGAGCGUUAAUAAUCGGCAUUAAUUAUCAAAUCGAAGAAUUUUGGAAUGAUGAAGCUAAUAUGCCUAGCCCUGGUGGCUAUGCUGGCGCUAACGCAAGCCGUGGUCAAGGAGGAAAUCCAGGCCAAAGAAUAUCUGGAGAAUCUGAACAAGGAGUUGGCCAAGCGUACGAAUGUCGAGACGGAAGCCGCUUGGGCUUACGGCUCCAAUAUCAAUGACGAGAACGAGAAGAAGAAAAACGAGAUAUCUGCCGAGCUGGCCAAAUUCCUGAAGGAGGUAUCAGUGGACAUACAAAAGUUCAAUUGGCGCAGCUAUCAGAGCGAGGACAUCAAACGCCAAUUCAAGUCCCUAUCGAAAUUGGGAUACGCCGCUCUACCUGAGGCAGACUAUGCCGAGUUCCUGGAAACAGUCUCCUCCAUGGAGUCCAAUUUCGCAAAGGUCAAAGUGUGCGACUACAAAGAUAGCACCAAGUGCGAUCUGGCUCUUGAGCCAGAGAUCGAGGAGGUGAUCACCAAAAGUCGCGAUCACGAGGAACUCAAGCACUAUUGGGUACAGUUCUACGCAAAGGCCGGCACAGCAGUUCGACCACAAUUCGAGCGUUACGUCGAAUUGAAUACGAAAGCAGCCAAAUUGAAUAACUUUACUUCUGGCGCUGAGGUCUGGCUUGAUGAGUAUGAGGAUCCCACAUUCGAGAAACAGCUGGAGGAUAUCUUUGCCGAAAUUCGUCCGCUCUAUGAACAGGUUCAUGGUUAUGUGCGCUAUCGUCUGAGGAAGCAUUACGGCGAUGACGUUGUCUCUGAGAAGGGACCACUGCCAAUGCAUCUGCUAGGCAAUAUGUGGGCACAACAAUGGUCGGACAUUGCAGACUUGGUCUCCCCGUUCCCUGAUAAGCCACUUGUGGAUGUUUCCGCCGAGAUGGUCAAGCAGGGCUAUACGCCACUCAAAAUGUUCCAAAUGGGCGAUGAUUUCUUUACCUCAAUGAAUCUAACCAAGUUGCCACAGGAUUUCUGGGACAAAUCGAUCAUAGAGAAACCCACAGAUGGCCGUGAUUUGGUCUGCCAUGCCAGCGCCUGGGACUUCUACUUGCAGGACGACGUGCGCAUCAAGCAGUGCACUCAAGUGACUCAGAGCCAACUGUUUACCGUGCACCACGAGCUGGGACACAUUCAAUACUUCCUGCAAUAUCAGCAUUUGCCAUUUGUUUAUCGAACUGGCGCCAAUCCUGGUUUCCAUGAAGCUGUUGGUGAUGUUCUCUCACUGUCGGUAUCGACGCCCAAGCAUCUGGAGAAGAUUAAUCUGCUGCACAACUUUGUGCUCGACGAGGAGGCGCGCAUUAAUCAGUUGUUCUUGACUGCGCUGGAUAAAAUUGUUUUCCUGCCAUUCGCUUUCACAAUGGACAAAUAUCGUUGGUCGCUGUUCCGCGGCGAGGUAGACAAGUCCAAGUGGAAUUGUGCAUUCUGGAAGCUGCGCGAGGAGUACUCUGGCAUCGAGCCACCAGUAGUGCGCACAGAGAAAGAUUUCGAUGCGCCAGCUAAGUAUCAUAUAUCAGCAGAUGUUGAGUAUCUAAGGUAUCUGGUUUCUUUCAUUAUUCAAUUCCAAUUCUACAAGUCCGCCUGCAUCAAGGCAGGUCAGUAUGAUGCCAAGAAUCCUGAAUUGCCUUUGGAUAACUGCGAUAUCUAUGGCAGUGCAGCAGCUGGCGCUGCUUUCCAUAAUAUGCUUUCACUGGGCGCCUCCAAGCCCUGGCCAGAUGCACUGGAAGCCUUCAAUGGUGAGCGCAUCAUGACUGGCAAGGCUAUAGCAGAAUAUUUUGAGCCUCUACGUGUCUGGCUUGAGGCAGAGAAUAUUAAGAACAAUGUGCAUAUUGGCUGGACGGCGUCUGAUAAGUGUACCUCUGCCUAGUUUUUGAUGUCUCCUUUGGGUCAUUUCCCAAAUUCUUUCGCUUCAAUAAGUUCGUCACAAACUUUGAUUAUGUGAAGUAUUAAAAAGCCAUUUAAAA